CUAAAGGGCUGCACUGUAUGAUAACUUGUUCCAGUUCCUCUAACCCUCGCUUUCGCUUUCCUGCAGUUUGAUGGGCCCCUUGCUGUUCUCCCUGCUUCAGGGCUUUCUUGCACUCUGUAGAAGACAAAGAGGCCAAAAAAUGGAGAACGGAAGAAAAGUGCUUGCUGCAAUAAUUUUCACAGCUGCCUGCAGCAAAGUGACCGCACAGGAAACAAGACUACUGGUUUUUCUAAAUAGCACAGAUGUUGUAGAUGACCAGUACAAAGGAUGUCAUGAAGAGGCCAUGAAGAAGUUCAUCAAGUCAGACGUGUUAAAACAAGAACUAAGCAACAGUGAAGGAUUUCAGAAAGCGUGGAAUAAAAGUAUCGAGUGUUCAAAGCAGAUCCCUGGAGGAAGAAAAGAACAUACUGCUGCACUUUCAGUCUAUCUUAAUGGGGAUAAAUCGUUCAUACAAACACUGAACAAAGCAAUAGAGACAAUGGGUGGAAAUGUUAGCAUCUAUGAAAACCACUUCCACUUCAAGUCUCUUCAUUUCCUGCUGAUGGACUCCAUGAGGCUGCUGAAGCCAAAGGAGUGCAAGAACUUUUAUGUUUUUCAAGAUGGUGAAAACCAACCACAGAAAGGCUCCACAGUGAGAUUUACAAGUUUCACCUCAGCUUAUUCAGACUAUGAAGAGCUAAAGAAACUUGAAGAUGUCAAUGAGAAUACUGUUUUAAUUCUCACUUCUUGUUUCUUUGUCAACCUGAAAGACUAUGUGUGCGGUCAAGAACAGGAUGAAAUACUCUUAUCUCCAGCAGAAGUUUUCACUGUGGAACGAGUAGAGACAAGAACUACAUCGGAUGAUGACGAAUACCUUGAGAUUGUUUUGAAACAGUCGGGACUGAACAGCUCACACAACUGUUACAUCUUUUCAUGGUCUCCUCUAGCUGUUGUCUCCACCCUGUGGCUUGUAUUAGUGUUUGCAGCCUUAUCCUUAUCUGUUUAGUAAAAACAGUUAUCAUUUUCUACAUUACUGCUUUGCUUAUUUGUGUAAUUGUUUUGCAUAAUUUUUCUGGCAGAAUGUGGUAUCUGUGAAAUAUAAUCAAAUAUAGUUUUCUGAUUCUGUUGUGUUAUGAAGUCAUGUGAUUGUAUGUCAACAAUGAUGAUUGAAUGUCUAAAGAUAAAAGUGGUGGAGAAAGAGAGGAGAUGCAAAUGGGUAAAUAAGUAUAAAAAGCGUGCUUUUUUCCU